UUUCCUAUUUCUUGUUCUUCCGAUGAAGUGUGUCAAAUGCACACAUUUACAGGAAUGUAUUUUGUUUUUCUUUGGACUUUGGUUCUGAGUUGAACCAAAAUGUGGGGGUGCCACAUGUUGCUUUCUUGAUAUUUCUUUUUUCAAUGUUUAGUAGUUUUUGUACUUUUUGGCUUAUGAACAUUAUUGUUUCUAAAUGUAGUGCAUGUUGUCACAGAUAAAGUGCUCUUUCAGUUUAUUUUGGUUUUCAUUUCUGAAAAAAUACAACAAAGUUAAACUACUGUAAGUAAUUAAAUAUUUACUAAUUUUCUGACAUACACAUUAUAUGGUAAUUAUAUACAUUUAAAAAAUGAAUUAAGGUUUCUUACUGUGUUAUAUUUCUGCUACCAUUACCCAGUGAAAGGAAAGCUAAGAGUUGGUUCAAGAAUUCAAAUAUUUUUUGAUUUAGGAGAAGCCGAAGACAGGAUAUAAGACAUGGCAACCCCUUGAAUCAAUGUAGGGGAUUUAAUCUCAAAGCAUACAGAAAUGCAGCAGAGAUGGAUCAGUAUGGAGUGAGGAACAAUACUGCUUUUCUGGAGUGCUCACCAAAGUCUCCACAAGCAACGGUUAAGUGGCUGAUACAGAGGCAAAAUGACAGGAGAAAAGAGGUGAAGUUAAAUGAGAGAAUCAUAUCAACAGAACAUGGGCUCCUUUUUAGAUCAGUCCAGGAUACAGACCAAGGCCUUUACUAUUGCCUGGCUACUGAGAAUAGUUUCAAACAAACUGUUGCCAAAAUAAACCUCAAGGUAUUAAGCAGUGAGCUGGUGUCCUCCCUGACUGACAAAAGGUCUCCGUGGUCCUGGGCCAGUUCUGUGAGUGGCAUGCAGCUCAACCCCAAGGACUUUAUGGGAAUGUUCAGCCAUACCGAGAUGCAGGCAAUCAACCACUACUGCAAGGAGAACAGUCAACGGGGGCAGCCUAGCAACCAGAAGCUGGGGGAGGACCUCACAAAACUCAAGCCUCUCAUUGAUGGCAGGAAAAGUAGAAACAGGAGGAACAAGUAGCCUGGGUCUUUCAUUGGGAAAUUUGGGUGUCAUAGUUGUGAGUCUGGGCAUAAGGAGACCAAUUUUGAAAGAAAAAUCUAGAAAUAAGCAUUAAAACUCAAGUAGUCUUAUGUGUCAUACAUUGUCCAGAUUACUGUAAAUUAAGAUCCAAAAAUGUACACGUAGACAGUUUGUUUGGCAAUUGAAAGAGGCAGUGUUUUUUUGUUUUUUUUUUUUCCAUUACUGCAUCCAAUAUGUUUACCACAGAAAUCUGUCCAGUGCAUCUGGUGGAUGGCAGGGAAUGGGUUUCUUUUAACAGGGCCCUUACCUGCCCCAACAAAAUCUAGUUUUAAAAAUACAUGUACAUGGGGGGCAGAUUAUGUAAAAGAAACAGACAGGUUUAUUUAGCCAAAAGUGAGGCUGCAGCACAUAGAUUUCAAAUUUAAAAAACUGUUAGUGAAAUAAGAGGUAGCUAGAGUGAUUCCUCUUUGUGUGUCAGAAGUGGUGGUUGUAUUUUAGUUACAUUACAGUAUGUAUGUAUGUCUUGUAAAAUAAAAUAAACAACAAACUUUCAGCAGCAAAUGAACAACAUUUUCAGUGCUGCAUUUUAAUUGUUUACAUAUGUGCUGUAAUAUAUUUUUUUACAGCAUUUUAAGUAGGCAUUAUGCUGUCCUGUUUAAACAUAGUGGCAUUUGAGAAUGUGUUUGUUUUAUCAAUUUUAUUAAUAAAUACUCAGCAUGAUAACCUGAAAAUCCAUUCUACUUAUAAGAUACACAAUGACAAGCAUUUGUUUGAGGUGACACCUCAACUUUAAUGAUCUAAACAAAGCUGUCGCUUUCCUCUGUAUCAGUAUUUUAUUGUAUUCAGUGAUGUUAAUACCCCAGCAGGAUUAAUACAGAGUUAAAGAUGAUUGGUCUACUGCAGUUUAGAUCAUUAAAAUAGAUGUCACUUUUGGUCUGGUAUACACACAGAAAUGAUUGUACUGACAGAUAUACAGUAAUUUAUACAGGUGUAAAUACCAAGAUAUCACUUUGUUGUAAAUGCAUGUAACUUCAUUUUGGCUCUAUGAUGUACCUGAUCAUGUCAAUGUAUUGAGAAACCUGCACAAAAUAAGUGUAUUGAUUUAAUUUGCUCCAGUGGCUACUUUUUAAAAAUUGUGUUUUAGUACAAACAGUUGUAUUAGUGUACUGUACAUGUUGUUUGUAGAUUAUUUAAAGUAUUCCUGUUUUAAAGGUAAUGACUAUACUGUAUAUAAUUUCAGUACAUGUUAUUAUACGUUGCUAGACUUAACUGCCAAAAGGCAGUGAAAUACCAUUUUGAAAUUUGUCAAGAAAGUGCCUGUUUUAUUUUUCAUUAUUUUGUAGGUUAUAUGGUUUGCAUCCAGUGCUUAAUAGUUUAUCAGAUACAUGUGCUUGCAACUGAAGACUUGUUAAAAUGUAUUUAUGUUUGGAUUGUGUUUAUCAUGAUGAAACUGCCUUCACAGUGAAUCUUCAUAGUCAGUGUUGUCUUUUGCAAUUAUUUUGCAUCCUAGUAUUUUUAUUUAAAUGUUAAAUAUCAUUGCCAUAAGGAAUACAAUUGUUUUAAAAAGUAUCGGUGUUAUAUAUAUAUAUAUAU